GGAGCCUUUGCCGGGAUGGCCAGGGAGGUGAUACUAAUAUCGACAGGAGCCAAAGGACGAAAGCUGGCGCCGGCAGACACUCUUCUGCACGCUUUGCGUGUAUAUUAACUUAUUUAAACCUCCAAACAACCCCGCCAGAUAGGUGUGGCCAUUAUCCCCCUUCUACAGAUAAGUAGACUGAGGCGCGGCGAGCUUUAAGUGAUUUGCCCAAGGUCGUGGAGCCAGUUAACGUGGCCGAGCCCGGGUUCAGCUCCAGGCUGCCCCUCCAGAUUGCAUUUUGUGCUUCCCUGCUGGCUGCCUCUGUGCAGCCAAAGUAACUGUCACAAGGAGCCUUCUGGAAUGCUGCUGACAAUGUGUGGGCACUGCCCCAGACACGCGGACUGUCUCAUCGCAUCCUCGCUGCACCACUACGAUGUAGGCGUUGGGGCCAGAAUUAUUGCACUGCUUUUCCAAGGCGACCUGCACAGAGAAGAGCACCGUGUCACUUCUGCGAUGUUCCUGCCAAAGACGCAAAACCUAAAUCUGAUCAGGAGGAGCAACUGGACGAACUCCAACUGAGGAAACUUCUAUGAAAUAACUGGCCUGUAAUCUUGGUAAGCGUCAAGAUAAUGAAAGGAAUGGAAAAACUGAGGGACUGUUCUGGAUGAAAGGAGAUGAAAGAGCCGUUGCCGGCGUCCAGCUGCCAACUUUCUGCCUGGAUCUGGCUCCUCAUUUCUCCGGCCUUCCCAGACCAAAGCCCUCAGGGUAUGUAACAGCCAUGCCUGUGGACACACUGACUCCGGGAGCCCGGGACACCCCUGCCCUACCUUUCCGCCUGCGGACCAAAGUCCCUGGCUACCUGCUACGGCGGCCAGCAGAUGGUGGAGCCCGGAAACCCAGUGCUGUGGAGCGCCUGGAGGCUGACAAGGCCAAGUACGUCAAGAGCCUGCAUGUGGCCAACACCCGCCAGGAACCUGUGCAGCCCCUGCUGUCCAAACAGCCACUCUUCAGCCCUGGGACUCGCCGCACGGUGCUCACGCCUAGCCGCCGAGUCCUGCCUGGCCCUGGCCGCCGGCCCCAGCUGGACUUGGACAUCCUUAGCAGCCUUAUCGACUUGUGUGAUAGUCCCGCGUCCCCUGCCGAGGCCGGCCGUACCCCUGGACGGACAGAGGGAGCCCACCAGGCGCCCCCAGCCACGCCCCCACGCCCACCGCCCAGUACAGCUGCGGUUCGCCGAGUGGAUGUCCGUCCCCUGCCUGCCUCACCUGCCCAGCCCUGCCCAUCGCCAGGCACUACCACUGCCUCCAGCCCGGCCCGCCCCCCGGGUUUGCAGCGCUCCAAGUCGGAUUUGAGUGAGCGUUUCUCGCGGGCAGCGGCCGACCUUGAGCGAUUUUUUAACUUCUGCGGCCUGGACCCGGAGGAGGCAAGGGGGCUGGGAGUGGCCCACCUGGCGCGGGCUAGCUCAGACAUCGUGUCCCUGGCCGGGCCCAGCGCUGGGCCCGGAAGCUCUGAGGGGGACUGCUCCCGCCGCAGCUCUGCCACUGUUGAGGAGCGGGCGCGGGAGCGGGAGCGCGUCCCCUAUGGCGUGUCGGUGGUAGAGCGUAACGCCCGCGUGAUCAAGUGGCUGUACGGGUUGCGGCAAGCGCGCGAUACCCCAGCAGCUGAGGGCUAGGCUUCCGCGGGACGCCGCAUUUGCCACAGACAGAUCUUAGAGAGGCAACUGGCCCCUUGACCUCUUCUGCAUCCAUUCGCGGGCUUGGGGCAGACCGGAGGCUGCUGCCUUGUGUGAACUUGGUGUGGAGGCGGAGCCUCAGAGGCGGGACCAGCAUCCACCUGGCAAGGACUGACUCUGGAGAGAGUUGCCUCUUGACCUUGGGCCACCCUCUGCCCUUCACAUGUAGAGGUUUUGACAUGAGUCCUACUUGGCUCUUAUUGUGGGUUUGGAUUUGGGGCACUUAGCCUUCUCUACCGAGAGUGAGGGGCCAAAGGAUCUUACUAGGCCUAGCGGUUCUGUUUCCUUCUUCCUUGGUCUCUGACGUUUGCUGACUUCCUCUUCCUCUCCCAGGGGGCCCUGGUUCCCUGGGAACUUAUUCUGGGUGGGGGCAGGGCCUUGGCAGCCUGGCUUAGGUGGGUAGACUACAGGAGGGACUGAUAGGAGUCUGUACUGCUCUGACUCCCCCCCCCCCACCCCCCUUUGGUUAAUAAACACAAAUGCUUGUUUUUCAAAGGCUGGGUCAU